CUGAUCAUAGAUCUAAAAAAUGUCUGACCACCUAAAGAAAUAUUUAACUACACAGCUUGAUCUACUGGAUGAGUCAAGUUUUCAUCUACAGAGUAGCAUCAGUGAUUUUGUACAGCAAAUUAAAACAAGAGUAAUAGAAUGUAUACACAACACUUCUGACACCAACAUGACAUUGAAAGAUGCAGUUGUGGUUGUAGCAACAGCACAGAGUACAAUACUAGAACAUACAGACAAGUUCACUGAAUCCACAAAGAUGACAGGAUAUAAGAUAACACCCAAAAGUAAAAGUUUAAAAUUAACAGAAGAAAACGUUUCAACAGACUCUACACCUGUUGCAAGUCAUGCGGAAACAAUAAGUAGACUUGAAGAUAUAGAAACAACAUUAACUUCUCUACAAGACACAAAACAAAAGACUGAAGAUGACAUAUCAGAAAUAAAGCAAUGGAGAGACAACUUUGUAACAAAACAGAGUGAUAUGGUGAUGAAAAUUAACAAUGUGUCUAAGAAACAAAAACAGAAUUUCAAAAACUUAAGAAAACAACAACAUGAACAAGAUAACAAAAUAGAAGAGAUGAACAAAGUAAUUAAAAAAUUAGAAGAAAAACAAUCAACAACAAUCAAAACACUAGAGGAACUAUCUCUAGAUUUGAAAGAACAUGAAAAAACGUUACACAAAAUAAACAAAGAGAUCCAGAAUCACACAGACAAAACAAAACAUUUAACCCAAGAAAUUAAAAGACAUUCUGAUUUGAUCUCUACAACACAAGAAAAAUUACUGUCUAAGCAUGGUGUGAUUUGUCAACUUCUACAACAAAGGUUGUUGCCCAUUUACAGAAUUCUUCAAGCAAGUAACAGGAACCUAGAGACUAACAAGGAAAAACUGAAGAAGAAUGAAUCUCUGGAAAAAGAUUUAUUAAAGUUGUCAAAUGAUUUUCAGACAAUAGCCAAUGAACAAGUGAAACAUUCUACACCGGGGUUUAUUGCUUCACAAGGUCGCUGGGACGGGAAAAGAUAUCAUGGAUACAAAGUUAUUACAUUCAGUGCUGUAGAACGUAACGUAGGUAACCAUUUUGAUCCAAACACUGGAAUUUUUACCGCCCCUGUUGAUGGCCUGUAUAAAGCAAGUCUUACAAUAAAACAAACAGGAGAUCGUGCUGUGGAAGCUUGGGUUUAUCACAAAUCUGGUCGUGCGCUGACUAGGCUCGGUAAUGUUAAUACUAAAGAAAAAUAUUUUGAAGCUUCAACAACUUUUGAGAUUUAUAUGAAAGCUGGAGAUGUAUUAUUUUCAUUCACUGGCUAUCGUAAUUGUAAAUGUACGCAUUUUUCUUGUGUUUAUCUUGACGUCUAA